GUGCACCCCCCCCAUCACCGUAUUAUUAAGUUGUUAGAGAAGUUAAAUAUUUGAAUGAUGAUCGAAAAUAAUAAUAAUAUUAAAAAACAUAAUAAUAAGAAUCCAAAGAUUAACAGGGUAACUUUCUGAAACUGUUUAUAAUCCACGCAAAAUCACCGACAGAUAUAAUUUGGAUUUAUUCAACGGUUUAUAUUUACAUUGAUUUGUUUUUUUAGUGAGCUUGGAAGUUUAAGAGGAUCCAUGUCAGACUGCAAUAAUGACUGAACCACAAAGAAGUACAAGGAAUGCCACAGAUUUAAAAAAUGAGGAUGGCUAUGAAAUCUCUAUUCCCUUUGAAGACACUAAUGCGGACCAAUCUGUUUUCUACAACCAGAAUGACCACAUAUUUGAUGAAACUUCUUCUGGACAGAACCCUCCCUGCAACCCAUACCUGUUGAUUUCUAACCUUCGUGCUCAGCUGCAGAUCUCCCUGGAGAAGAACUCCUGGCUCCAGAAACGCAUCGAGGACCUGGAAGAGGAAAGGGACUUCCUGCGCUGCCAGCUUGACCGGUUCAUCUUCACAACCAAGAGUCAGGAGAGGAAUGAGCGACAGACCACAUCCCAGAAGAAGGCCCAUCGCAGGGCUUCAACCCCAUCUCCCCUGCCCAUGAUGACUCGUUCUGGACAAGCACGCAGCCAGACCCUGAAACGAAAGAAGAAAAAGAACAGUGUUGAAGAUGAGGAAGAUGAGGAAAUGAUUGAGGAAGAAGAGUACAUAGAGGAGGAUGGCUACAUCGAAGAGGAGGAGAUCGUGUCAAAUGACGACGACUCGGACAGCAAAAGUUGCCGAAGAAACAGGCCUAAAAGCAGGUCAAACGGGGGGCCGAUGAGAGUGAAAAGAACCCGGGUGUUUCGCAUAGCGCGUGGAAUGGAGAGGCAAAGAGUGAAAGACCCUGCUGGAGUACUUUUUCGCUACAAGAAGAUCCUGGUGACCUACCAGAAGCUCAAGAGCAUGUCCAGAGCCUUCCAGGUUCACGGGGUCGACCGUAACACGGUAGCCUCCACCACUCCCAUUGCGGAGUUGCUCCUGGUCGCUCCGGAGAAAGUCGAAGAGGUCGGCGAGUUCGAUUCCUCCAAGGAGAAGCUCCUAGACUAUGCGCGGCGCUGUUACAAGGCCCUCGACGAGACCGCUCAUGCCAAAGUGCAGGCCUUGAAGAAAAACAACCUCCUGCUGCCCAUCUCUUACAGAUUCAGGAACUGAUGCAUCAAAAAAAAAACUGAAACCUGCUAAAUAAUAGAACGGAUGGUUCAAGGUUUCUGAUUUUUGGAUCUUGCUGGGUUUAUUUAUUUUUUCCUACUUGAGCUAUUGGUUAAUAUUUGGACAGAAACAGUGCUGCUGGCAACCAUUAACAGCUAGGUUUGAGAGAAUGGUCAGCCCUUUAUUUUGGUUCGUCUUUAGUCCGAGUUUGAGCGCAACAUUCCCAAUCAGACAGCAUGGGCUUCAGGGCAGCUGUAGUGUCAGAAGAGGCAUCACUCUAGAUAUUUUGAGUAAAGGUUAAAAAAAAAUCCAAAAGAAGCAGAAAGGAAUCAAUGGCUGAGAGAGAGAAGCUUCAUCCUUUACCUUGUGAAGAAAAUCACUGUAUUUAAAGAUUAUAUAUGUAUAUUUUUGUACUUGUUCAUUAUUAUUUCAGGUGAACCAAAAUAACUGCUGACUUUCUCACCCCUCAGACGAAUAGAACACAUUCCUCUGUUCAUUAACACGUUUAAAACGGCUUCGUAAAUGAUGUGAACUCUUCUGAUUUGUAGUUAUGUAAAAAGAAAGAUUAAAAAUUGUGGUCUUGUCCCAAGUUCGAAGACAUAAGGGGGAUUUAGACAUGUACCAGGGUUUGCUACCAUGGUAUUUAUUUAAAGAUACAGUUUUAGUUCAUAUAUAAAUCAUUGGAGCCUAUAGGACAGUUAUAGAUCAUAACUUUGAAUUGUUUUUUGUAGAUCAUAUUUUGAACUACUGUCACAAAACCUAACUACUAUUACCUAAAGCUAAGACCAAAGAUACACAGAGUAGUAAAUGUCAUUAACCUUAAAGAUGGAGCCUGCUAGCUCUGUUCAGUCACUAAAACCUUCACCUGCCUUAUUAUAUUACUGAGGUCUUAAUACACUGUAUAAUAGUUGGUCAGUGAUGUAAGCCAAUAUGUCCUUGUGAAUAGGAUGAUUGUUGGUUCUGUGAUGGUGUUUUUUGUUGUUGUUUGUUUGGAUUCUAUUUUUGUUGUUUUUCCACUGUUUUGAAAGGGUAAUAAACUAUGUUCAUUUAA